AUGCGCAUCACCAAGCCCAGCAGUGCCAACAACAGCCCGCAGACAUCGGUCAUGAUGCAAGCACGGAAGCGCAUGGCCCACGAUGUCAGCUUGUACGCCAGCCCGCAAUGGGUUCCCCAGCAACUGGUCACUGCCCCGGACUACCUCGCCAUCAACCACCGCUACGAUACGUCUGUCGAAGCCGCAGCAUCUCGUCCAGCACGGCCAGUCAGCUGGCAUCCGAGCGGCUCAUAUUUGAUGCCCAACCAGCUUCAGACGCAGCAGCAAGUUCCCCUGUCUCUGGCGACCAACUUUCAGAUGCCCGCCCAGAUGUCCGCCUACGCCACGCCUGCUCUCCCGGUUGCCGAUUACGAGCCUUUUCCGGCCAUGCAGCCGUUCGCCCUCAGCCCGUCCGCCUAUUCGAGCCAGACAUCGCCGUCCACGGCCUUCUCUCCCUACUCGAGCAACCUGGACAACACCACCGCGGGCCAUUAUUACUCGCCUAACCCGUGGGCACUGUCGCCUUCUGUCAAUGCCAACGGCGCUCUGUUUGACAAACUGCCGUCACCGGUUGACUGCCCGGCCUUGAUCACGGCUGAUCCCCAUUCGCAACAGGACCAGCAACACGAGCAGCAGGAAGUCCCUGCCAACCAGAACCAGGUUUACCAGGGUGAGCAGACCCAGAAUGUCCACAACCAACCCGCGACGGAGACAUCCACCUCGACGGAGUGGAACAGCUUCGCAACGCACGAUUUUACGGCCCCGCGGACACCGCCGGACAACAACUGCUUCUCCGCGGCUGAGCCGUCACGGGCACGUAUCCCCAGCGACGGCAACAUUGUCACCUGCCAGGAGCAGGACGACGAGCAGCCCGAGGGUGAGAUCCUCGUGGGCAUGGGCCUGUACGAUCCGCCUGAGAAGGAGGUCAUGGACCCGACUCUCCAGAGCUACCGCUCAUCGGUUGCUCAGCUUCUCGGCUCGGCAUACAAGUUCCCUGAGCCGACUGGCAAGGGCCUGAAGCUUGAGGAUGCUUGGGAGCCUCCUGAGAACCUGGACGACGACGAUGAGGAGGAUGGCAACGAGAACGACGACGACCGCGAUGCCGAAGGCGAGGACCAGUAG